GGAUGUCGCAGUCAGUGCGGUCUGGUAUAAACCCAUCUCUUACUCAAUAAGGGAUCAACUGUAUGAAAAUGUUUUCUGUUAAUUAUUUGUCCGUUAUUUUUUGCUUAAUACGCUUACACAAGCGCUUAUAUUUACAGCUCAUUAAAGAUUCAUCAUUCCUACAAUAGCCUAUAGGCUACUUACCACCAAAGAUGAUUUUUUUUUUGGUCUCACGGCAGAGUAAUAAUAAUUGACAAUGAAAUGUAACCCUGGUGUAUUCAAUAUUCCUCAUACUGUUUAAUAGUUUAAGAGUAUAGUGAAGACUGACAAGUUAUAAGAUACAGUGAAGUCUAAACGGAGCACAAAAGAAUGUAGUCUGUGGAAACGCUAUUCAAAAGCAAGGUGAGAGUUUCUUACAGCACAGACUCAUUGAAUGGCUCGAUCACUGUUGUUAUGAAGGAAUGACUGCUACAUAUCAUUACAACAAAUGUGGAAUACAAAUAGCCGGCCCCGUAUUCUUAAAGCUUAAAAAAUCGCAUCGAGAAAAUGAACUCCGCGUGGAAUCUGCCUGGUUAAAAAGACGAACGACACAUUAAAUAAAUUAUCAUUACGCGCCACUUUUUUACCAUUCUCUGUUUACACGAAUUUGAUUAUGAAUUAUGUUGUUGUUAUUAGACACCUCAGAGAAAUGGCAAUGGCAGAGCCUCAUUUUCGCAAGCAGAUCUUGUGGAGAGUUGCUUGCUACGCAGCAAACGCAGGUCGCCUUUUUUGGGGAACCCCGUCACAUCCUCUGUCCAUUUAUGGGCAUUGAGGUGACACGCAGCGGGGAUUCCUCUCACUGGAGACGAUGAAUGGGGAGGCGGGACUACCUAGCCGGAGUGUAUAAAAGGAGAGAGGAGGUAAGCCGCCAGUGUGAAUUCACAGCAACAGAUAGCAGACGAUCAUCAAACCAAGUCCUGUGGAUACAGAUCUCAGAAAAGGAGAAUUCGGAAUAUUUUGCAGAAGUUCUUUUUAACGCCGGACUUGAAGGAUAUUACAAGAAGAAAUUUUACUGUUGGGAAAACAGACGUUUUGUUACUUGCUUGUUAUUUUUUCCUGCCAUACCUGGAUUGCCACGGCCCACGACUUUGAUCCGGAAACAUGCUGAACAACAUGGAUUUGAACCCCCAAGAUUCGUUUUACCCUCAGUUCGACAACUGUGGAAGCUCGUCCAUUGGGAUUGACACCAUCCAAGCAAAAGCAAAUCAGGAAAUUCUCGUGGAUUCGGGAAGAGAUGCACCUGUGCAGUUUAGUCAAGAGGGCGUACCGAUAAUCCCUAAAACCGAAGCAUCGGAUUUCUUCUUUGACCCAGGCGAGGGUUCAAAAGGCAAUCUGCCAUCCUCGUUUGCGUACUCCGGCAGUUUCUACGUGGAGACGUCCCAGGGGGCACCGUGCAGCACGGAAACACUGCUCAACAUGAUAACGGAGAUAGUUGGCAUCUCCACGUUGCCCAUCUCCGAAUUUCAGGGUAGUGAACCCGGGCCAUCGAACGGAACAUCAUCUCCAAUGGACAGCGCCAGCGGCGGCGGCUUCCCUGUGCAGGCGUUUCAGAGCCAAGCGUCCACAUGCACAGUGGGCAACACGCCUCCGCCGCUGUACUCACCCGAGCAGGUCCGCCAUAGCUAUUCCGACUUACAGGCGAAUCUGCCGGUUCAGGACCCCACGUCCGCGAAAAGUAACUUCUGUUCCUCCGCUCAAGUGCAGAACCAGGGACAACUUGAGCCCCAGCCGGAGGCAACAGUUUUCCCAGUCGUUAUCAAGAAUGAAUUCGAAAGCAGUUGCUACGAGUGGGAUCCCUUCAGCAAGUCUGAUACCUACAUGCCUUCAAGUUUCGAAACGGACAGUUUCCCUAUAUCAAAUGACUGCCCCUCCGACCAACAAGUGGAUGUAAAAGAUUUUCUCGACUCGUUCUCUCCUAUUUGUCCCACCUCAGAAAUCGAGUGCAAAUUAGAAAGUGCAAUUAAGCAAGAGCAAUGUUUUAUUGACAAUUGCGCGCAGGGGUUUGGCGUUUCUGCCUUUAACAAUUGCCAGUUGCCAGUUAUGGACAUGCCGAACAAUGCUUUAAAGCCUGGAGUUUUUCCCAACAUCGGAGUUCAGCCUCUAACAAGUCAGUGCGAUUCGGCUUACGCAUCUGCGGCUCUGUCGAGCACUAUAGACUCACUCCUUUAUUCAACCUUAUUGCCAGACACGUUCUCCAGAAGCUGCACUCGCAUUGAGAAACCAGCCCGAGUCAGGAAGAGCUCAUCCACCUCCAAUGGACCAGCCAAAGAGAAACCUUUCUCUUGCCCUAUGGAGAACUGCGACAGGCGUUUUUCUCGCUCCGACGAGCUCAACCGACACAUUCGGAUUCACACUGGACACAAGCCUUUCCAGUGCCGCAUCUGUUUGCGGAGUUUCAGUCGCAGCGACCACCUGACCACCCACACCAGGACUCACACAGGCGAGAAACCGUUCUCGUGCGACGUCUGCGGCAAACGUUUUGCCCGGAGCGACGAGCGAAAAAGGCACGGACGCGUGCACCUCAAGCAGAGGGAGAAGAUGGAGCUGAAACCGCAAAUAAUUAGCGCCUGGCCCUUCACCUUGCCGGAGGGGAUUUGAACGUGCAUUGUGCGCUUUACGGAGCCUAAUUGUGCAUGGCAUUAAUUCUUUCCGUCUUGGAAGAUUAAAGCUACAUGAUGCAGUUGACUACUGAUUACAAGUUGACGCAUCGGUCCCGUUGACUUGACAGAUCGGCCCUCGGUACAGCUGUCAAUGCCGAGGGAAAAAGAAAGAGAGAAUGUCUUUGGACUGGGAGAAUUGGAAUGUGUUGAAACGGGAGCCCGACAACCAAACAGGGAAACGAUAUCCUUUUCUGCAUCUUGUAUAUGUGCU